AUGAACUCAAAAACGAGCGAGCAGCCCAUGGAGCUGCCUCGAAUUUCCAAUGCUCGAAGCGACGUCGAAACGGACAUCGGCGAUGCGACUCCCAUCUUGCCAGACCGCCAGCUCUCUCACCUCUUUGGCUGGCGAUUACACCUGACAACCCUUGCCGUCGUCCUUUCACUACUAGUGAUCAAUCUCGAGGUUACCAUCGUUAGCACUUCUCUCGUUGCGAUUGUGAGAGACCUCAAUGGUUUCAUGCAGACUAGCUGGAUUGUGAGCGCAUACUUGGUGACCUAUAUGGGUUUUAUGAUAUUAUGGUCAAAACUCAGCGACGUCUUUGGCCGUAAAACCACCUUCAUGGCUACUAUGCUCAUCUUCUCGGCCUUCUCUGGCGCUUGCGGAGCUUGUCAGACCAUGACCCAGCUUAUCAUUUGCCGAACCUUCCAAGGCGUUGGUGGAGCUGGAUGCUACUCCAUGUCCACCCUGUUUACGUAUGAGAUGAUCCCCAAGAGCAAGUUACCAUUGUACGGGGCCCUAAACUCGGUUUCGGUUGCGAUGGCGACUUUGUUGGGGCCACUUCUCGGCGGUCUGAUAAGCAGCCACACCAGUUGGAGAUGGAUAUUCUACCUGAACUUGCCCAUCGGCGUUUUCGUUCUGGUGAGCCUCGGACUAGCCGUACCACGGGGUUUCCCACACCACGCGUCAGACCUUCAUCCCCUUCAUAGACGCAUACCUAUAGUCUCUUCCAAUGGACUCAAGAAAGUCGACUUUGUCGGCGCUAUUCUAUUAUUGGCUGGGUCCCUGCUGUUAUCAUCUGUUCUCAUCGAAGUCUCACUCCGCUCCGGAUGGUCCGCUGGAGGAACGAUAGCUCUUUUAGUCCUGUCUGGAAUUAGCUGGAUCUUGUUCUUUGCUUGGGAGUGGUAUGUUUCUCAAGGAAAAACAGGGCAAGAACCACUCCUUCCUUGGUUGUUCGUCAGCGAUCGUGUGUGGGCUGCCAUGCUUCUAUCCAGUUUUCUUGCAGGUGUCCCAUUCAAUGUCGUUGUCAUCUUUCUCCCACAACGAUUGCAAGUCAUUUCUGGAGAAAGCGCCCUGAAGGCCGGAAUCCAUUUGCUCCCAUACACCUUCGGCGCAGCAUUUGGCGCUGCCCUCGCGAAUGUCCUCGGCUCUAAGCGACGUCUAGCUAUGGCAUACGUCUUACUAAUUGGAGCGGUACUGCAGACAAUUGGGCUGGCCUUACUAACGACCCUCCCCACAACCAGCGAGUUCCCAAAUAGUGGUUACGGAUAUGCGGCGAUAGCUGGAGCUGGCAUGGGGAUGUCUUUCGGCAUUCUGGUACUCGCCACACCAUUCAUGGCAAACCAAGAAAAUCUAUCCAUUGCCUCAGGGGCUAUCAUCCAAUUCCGCUUUCUUGGGGGGGUCAUUGGAAUCGCCAUCGCAUCGAAUGUUUGGAAUGAGCGAGUCAAAUCUGGGCUCGCCAACAUCUUGGACGCCCAGACGCUUAAUAGUAUUCUCCAAAACACCGAGGGUCUAAAGGGACUCCCACUACCCGUGCGAGUGGACGUUAUUCGGGAAAUGGCCAAAGCGUACAACUUGCAGGACGCGGUCAUAAUCGCUUUCGCCGCGGCUCAGGUCCUCGUCGUAGGCCUGGGCUGGAAUCGAAAUUGGUCGAACAGGGGAUGGAUAGCUUGAUAGAGUUGGGGCCAAACAGCAGCGCAAGGUAGAGAAAUUUGUGUUAGGCUCCACGAAUCCUUUCGAUUCACCUAGGUUUUCAUGAAGCUGGGACGUGUCAGCUUCGGGGUGACGCGACAAAGUCGUACGACUUUUAAGGAGAUAUAGACUAAAACUUGCAAAGGAUUCAAGGAAUUACGUUCA